CAAGACUUCGGGAUGUCUGACUUCAUGAAAGGUCAUCGAUUGUAAAUUCGGAAAUCACAAACCGAAAAUCCUAAAUACAUUGCAAAAUGGCUGAACUUGCUGGAUACAAUGGAAAUGAGAGCUUCAUGCUUACAACCGAUCUGCCUUUCAACUCCACAGGUGACUACGAGUAUUAUGAAUCUGAACCUGACGCCAGUAAAAUCAUCAUCCCCUCCAUCUACGCACUGGUUUGUUGCAUUGGCGUCACAGGAAACGCAAUGGUCAUCUACGUCAUCCUCAAAUACGCCAAAAUGAAGACGGCUACCAAUAUCUACAUUCUUAAUCUCGCCAUAGCGGACGAACUCUUCAUGCUGAGCGUCCCGUUCCUGGCAACUUCAGCCGCAGUGCACCACUGGCCAUUCGGUUCCCUCAUGUGCCGCCUGGUUCUCAGCGUGGACGGCAUUAACAUGUUCACCAGCAUCUUCUGCCUGACUGUGUUGAGUGUGGAUCGCUAUAUCGCUGUCGUGCACCCUAUCAAAGCGGCUCGAUACCGACGCCCAACGGUCGCAAAAGUGGUCAACGUUUGCGUUUGGGGACUGUCGUUGCUUGUAAUCCUACCCAUUAUCAUCUUCGCAGACACUGUCCCAGCACAGGAUGGAGGAGUUGACUGCAAUUUCCUGUGGCCUGAGUCUUCAUGGUCAGAAGCGUUCGUAGUUUAUACGUUCCUACUAGGAUUUUUGCUCCCUGUUGCAGCCAUUUGUAUGUGCUACUGCUUGAUUGUGGUACGCAUGCGAGCCGUGGGGUUGAAAGCAGGCUGGUUGCAGAGGCGACGCUCUGAGAAGAAGAUCACACGCAUGGUGCUGCUGGUGGUCGCUGUUUUUGUGCUCUGCUGGAUGCCGUUUUACAUCGUGCAGUUGAUCAGCGUGUUUCGCAAGCCGCCGGACCCCAUGGUGACUCAGCUCUUUGUUAUUCUGAGCUACGCCAAUAGCGGAGCUAACCCUAUUCUCUAUGGGUUUGUGUCGGACAACUUCCGUCGCUCGUUCCAGCGCAUCAUCUGCUUUCGCUGGCUGGAGAACGGACUGGAUGCGGAGCAAGUGGACUACUGUGCUGUGGCCCUUCGCCGACAGACCACAUGCGGCCCACAGGACUUUCCCAAGGAGUGCUUGGCCUCUGAUAUGGUGUUUCGUAAUGGAACCUGCACAUCCCGUACCACCACUCUGUAAGAGGGUAUGCGGUGAGCGAGUUUAAAGAGAUAGUUCAUCCUCAAAUGUAA